AUGCCCGGCGAAUCCGAUUCACAGUCUUGGCUCAAGUCAUAUUUUCAAAGCAUUCCGCAUGAACUUGAUGUUGAUGUGAUUUCGGAAUAUAUUUCAGUGAUUCUGGAGGAGACCGAUGCCUCUGAAUCUUCAUUGUGUACAGAGGUAGAGAACUUAUUGUCAGCUUACCUGACAGACGAUGUCAGCAAGAAAUGUAGCUCAGAAAUUGUCCGGCAUUUUAUCCAGCACAGAAAUCAGUGUUCGGUUACAUCAAUUGAGCAAAUCACUCCGAAUGCUGGCCCCACAGCUCAUGAUACUGGGGAGGGGGAAUUACUCUUGAAAAUGGAAGAGCAAAUGCGUGCCUUAAUGCAAGCCAACUACGAGAAGCAACUGAAAGAGGCCGAGACCCGUGCACUGGAGCACCGCAACACCCGAGAUGCCUGCACAACAGCCGUGCUUCGUGAUGCCGGUGUGGCGGGUUAUCAGGGUGACUCAGAGACUGAGAACGACGUUGAAAUAGCUAUCACUAACGCAGCUUUCCAAGCCAAACAACUAAUGGAUGCUGGUGGGAGCAGCACCUUGGCCGUCUCGCCUGAGUUACACGGGGCUAGUGAAUCGACCGAAGAUGCAGCAGAAAGUGACCUUGACCUUCAAGAUCUGGCGAAUAAGAGCGNGCCGGGCACAGUUGAGGAUGCCCUUUCCGUCCUGAACCCAGCACUGUUCGGUUCGUCAGGAGCCAAGCAAACCCUACCUCCUCGUGCAGUACGCCUACCUACCCCUGGACCCCGACCGAUGGGCUUUCGACUUUCUGGUGCAACACCCACAGCUGCUGUCAGUAUUCCCAGUCGCGUUGAAAUCAGCCGUGUAACUUCAGAGGAAGAUCCUCCACUGCUGGGUAGCUCCCAACGAAAGAAAAAACAGCCUGCCUCAAAGCACAUAGCCAAAGUGGGCGCGCUAGCCGAGGCGAAGGGCAAAGCGGACUCGAAGCGUACAACCGGCGCGGGUCAUACCGCGGUCCGAGCCCGCCAAGAAGAGAUGGCCUCUUUUUUGUUCAGUGACUCUGAUGAACAUGAAGACCUCGUUUCGCUUCCGGAAGGUGGUAAGAAUCGUGAGCUUGUUAUCGCAACGGAGCGGAAAAACCGCGAAGCUGCAGCACAAUCCUACGCACAACGACGCGCCGAGGAAAAGAUGAACCGGGAGCAACAACUGACCGAGCAAGCCAGGCGGAAACAAGCCGCACAACAGAAAGCCCAAAAGGUCGAACGAAGGCGUCGUUAUCGAAUUGACAAUGUCUGUCCUGUCUUUUUGUUUGUACUGUAUCGUUUCGCACUUCGCAUUACGUCUGGGUUGCGCUUUGAAGCUGUUGCUCGUGAAGGAAGACGCCACAUGAAGCGAUAA